GUGUUUAUGUGUGUGUGUUGUAACCACUGAAUUUGCGUCCACUGGAGAUUAAACACAAGAGGUUAAAACAUUGAGAUUCGACGCUGAGGGUUUAUUUACUCCCCUGCCACUUCCGGGUGUCUUAGCUUUGUGUUUUUUUUAAGUAAACGAGGAGACGGAGCCUGAAGUGACACACGGUGUUAAUUCAUUCAUCCACAUCAACAAUGGCAGCGCAGGAUUUUAACAUUUUACUUGCUACGGAUUCCUACAAGAUCACACACUACAAACAGUACCCUCCAAAUGUCAACAAGAUCUACUCCUACUUCGAAUGCCGGCGUAAGAAGGGGUCCCAGUUCAGUGAAGUGGUCUUCUUUGGUCUGCAGUACCUGCUGAAGAAGUAUCUCACAGGCCAGGUGGUGACUGAGGAGAAGAUUCAGGAAGCCAAGCUCUUCUACCAGAUGCACUUCAAACAGUCGGUGUUUGAUGAAGAAGGCUGGAGGAAAGUGUUGGAGAAACACGAUGGCCGCCUGCCUGUGCGGAUCAAAGCUGUCCCCGAGGGAAGGAUCAUACCGACAGGGAACGUACUCUUCACUGUUGAAAACACAGAUCCAAACUUCUACUGGCUCACCAACUAUAUCGAGACUAUGCUGGUCCAGAUGUGGUAUCCCAUUACAGUAGCCACCAUAUCCAGGGAGUUUAAGAAGAUCUUAGCCAAGCACCUGAAGGCCACAUCAGGGAGCCUGGAGGGUCUGGACCUGAAACUGCACGACUUUGGCUACAGAGGAGUCUCCUCACAGGAGUCUGCAGCUUUAGGUGGAGCAGCUCACCUGGUUAAUUUCUGCAGUACGGACACCGUCGCUGGGCUGCUGAUGGCUCAGCGGUACUACAGCUGCCCGAUGGCUGGCUUUUCCAUCCCAGCAGCAGAGCACAGCACCAUCAUCUCCUGGGGGAGGAACAGGGAGAAGGAGGCGUUUGAACAGCUCCUGGACCAGUUCACCUCGGGGCCCGUGUCGGUGGUCAGCGACAGCUACGACAUCUUCAACGCCUGCAAACACAUCUGGGGAGACAAGCUGAAGGAGCGCGUCAUGGAGCGCAGCCAGGACUCAUGUCUGGUCAUCAGGCCGGACUCUGGAGACCCUGCAGAGACUCUUAUUGAGGUCCUGAAGAUUUUGGAGGAGUGUUUCGGCAGCUCUCUGAACUCAGUGGGAUUCAAGGUGCUGCCGUCUUACCUCCGGAUAAUUCAAGGAGACGGGAUCGACCUCCGCUCGGUGGAUGAGAUUCUCGAGAAGCUGAGUGAUGAAGGUUGGAGCGCGGAGAACGUCUUCUUUGGCUGCGGCAGCGCUCUGCUCCAGAAGCUCAACAGAGACACGCUCAGCUGUGCCUUCAAGUGCAGCUACGUGGAGAGCAACGGCAAAGGGACGGACGUGUACAAGCAGCCAGUGACCGACCCGUCCAAGGGUUCAAAGAGGGGUCGCUUAUCUCUGAGGAGAAACUCUGACGGCUUCUUGGAGACCAUCGAGAAAGGAGCAGGCAAGCCGGAAGAGGACCUGCUGGUGACCGUGUUUGAGAACGGCAGCCUGGUGAAGGACUACUCCCUGGAGGAGAUCAGGAAGAACGCUCGGCUGCGGGACGAGGACUUGAACCCCACCAUGCACAACCACCAACAGGACCUGCUGCACAACCACAUCAUGAACGGCAGUCAUUAGAAGAGUCACAAACCCGACGCCUCUCACAAUGCAGAUGAUAAAUGUUGGUGUUCAACUCUACAUGUUGAAUAUGGAGUGGACAAACUGUUAUCACCAAGCACAAGCACCCACAGAUCAUCCCGAGGAGGCCAGAUUACAGCCAAUCAGCUUCAUCUCUCACUAAACACUCAGCCAGCACCCCCGCCCUGUCAGGGUUAAGACCAGCUCCAAAGACCAGGGUCCAAUAAGAUCACCUAAAAGCACUUAAAGCCCCCUUCAUACAUUCACAUCUCAACGUUUCCAUAAAGCCUCUCCCUUGUUUUUUUUAGUUCCCCUUUCAAACAAGUCCUUCACAGCUGGAUUUGAUCUGUCUUGCAUUUUUAAGAUAGCAGAUAUUUUUGUCUUAACAUCAGUUCUACCUGUUAUUAAACAUAUUCACAGUAUCAACCAAUUAGUGGGGGAAAAAACAUAACAUGACACAUCCUCAUUACGCACCGAUUAGACGUUCCCUCACCUUCUGCCCGCCUGCUGCUGCGUCCACACACCGGUUCCCCCCCGACUUCUUGCAGAAAUCUUACCGGGACACUAUGCAGGAAAAGUCCAGAUAAAGUCGUGGUGAACAUUUUGACUGUUGCGUUCACACAUGCAGCCCACUCUGAACAUUUAGAGACACUAAGAUCGGCUGAAGAUCCAACUUUUGAAAUCAAAGUGUCCAGAUCUUUUAGGAUAUUUUCAUAGCUGCUUAUCUCCAGCGGCGGAACAGUGUCAGACUCAAAAGGACCAAGCCACAGUUGGUGCCUCAAUUAGUGAAGAAAAACAGCCGACAUUUAUCGCAACAACAUACAAAUAGAAACAGCAUUAUCAGCUGUUACAUCAUACGACGCAACGUUUCUAGGAUUUUAACAAAAAACUUUAGGAGAAUAUUUAAUUUUAAAUUAUUUUAUUGAUAACAAAAUAUCCAGUUGUUAUCAUUCAUUUAACAAAUUGUUGAUGUGAUUAAGAUGCUUGUUCAGAACUGCAGGAAUGUAGUGAUGCAUUUCUAAAAUAAGGUCGAGGAAACAACUGAAGAACGACUUUAAAAGUGUUGAAUUUUCACUUCGAUUUUUCCAUUUAUAUUGCUUUUAGUUAGACUUAAUAUUAUUUCAUUCAUGACUCGUGUGUCUGAACAGAUGACCCUGAGAAGACAGACUGCACAUGAUACUGCCUUUCAUUUUGACGUUGGUGCUCGAUGUGUUUUAUGAUGAAAAAGCCGGAUGGUUCCAUUGGGUUCAUGGAAUAUAACAGACAGAUGCGGGAAGUGAGAGCGUGUUAUCUGGAAGUUUGGGAUUGUUUUUUAAUUUCUUUACGCACAAAUAUUCCCUCAACCUGCCUUUGUUCACUUCAGUUUGAAGUAUUUCAUCUCCCAGAAUGCCUUUCAACAACCUCUACACCUCUUUUGAAGACUGAAGGUGUGUGUGUGUGUGUGUGUGUGUGACGUCACACCGGAGUUAACCGCGUUCCAGUUGCAGCUGGGUACCUAGAGUCCCCUCCAACCUGAUGACAUAUCAGACGGGUAACUCAGGAUGUCCGACUUCCGAGGUGAAAUGGAACGCACCGUUAUCUGACUUCAAACCUUUCACAAAAUGUUCAAUAUUUUAGUCUCUUUCUUUUAUUUUGGCGGUGUGUUAAACAUAACAGGACGUGCUGCAGAUUCAGUGCUGUUGAUCCAACUCGAUGCAGACGACCACAUAUAAUCUGAUGAAUGAAACAGCAGCUUGUUUUAAAGGGGUUUUUAAUAUUCAAAGAACACGCUCACCUUCUACGUAAAUACUCGACUGUUUUUUUUUUGUUUUCGAUGGAAUGACUCCAAAGCUGCUGAUUUUGUUUUGGUUCAGUUUCGGUGUUAAUGUUUUUGCAUCCUGUCUGCGUUGACAUGAAUGCUGAUGAGCAGUAUUUGUACAGAUGAUUGUAGUACCCCAUCAACACUAGACCACCUGGUUCUCCUUCUGUACAGUACAGGCACUAAUCAUGUAUGUAAGUAUAUUUGUACAUAUUCUUCUCAGAGUGAUUCUGCUUCUAACUGAUCUGUAUCCUUUAAAUGUUCUCUGACUUUGAUUUGUUUUAAAAAAAAAAAAACAGACCUUUUGUAAGAUUAAAAAAAAAGCUUUGAA